AUCACAAGAGAGGGUUAGUUACUGAGGAGGCAGUGGGUUCCUGAUAAACAUGAGCUUGGUCCUCUCCUCUGCUAUGCUUUCUUGCCCUUCUGCCUUCUACCUUGGGAUGGCAGAGCAAAAAGGCCCUCGCUGGGUAUCUGAACCUUAACCUUUGGCUUUCCAGCCUCUAGCACUAUAAGAAGUAAAUUUCUUUCUUUUUUUAAAAAUAGAUUACACAGUCUGUGGCAUUCUGUUACAGUAGUACACAGAUGAAGACAACAGAUAGUAUGAUACACACACACACACACACAUAUAUAUAUAAUAUUUGGUAUGGUGACGGUUAAAGCAAAAACUUGAAUUGAGAGAGUGACACAGAGGAUGAGAAGGGUGAUAGAAUUUUAGAUAAAGUGGCCAAAGAUGGUCUCACUGAGAGAACUAUUUUUGAGCAAAAACCUGAAGCACAUAAAAGAACAAACUGUUUGAAUAUCUUUGGAAGAGAAUCCCAGACAGAAGGAAUAGUAAGUGCAAAUUCCUGAGGCUAUAGGUAUACGGGAUGUGCAAAAAAUAGCAGGAGUCAAAGAGGGCUAGCAAGAAUUAGGAGGAUACUGAGAAAGGAGCUUCCAGAGAUGAAAGGGGGGCUGAUCACUGAAUAAGGGCACUGCAGACCAUUGUGAGAACUAUGACUUUUAGUCUCUGUGAAAUGGAAGUCAUUUGAGGGUGUUCAGCUGAGGAAUGGUAUAGUCUGACUUCUAGGAGCUGUUUUGUAAGGGGUCACUCUGGGUUCUCUCUUGAGAACAGAAAGAGAUGGGUAAGAACUGAAUUGGGAUUAUUUAGAAGCUGAUGUCAGUCAUCCAGAUAUGAGAUCAUGUCAGCGUAAGUGAUUCUGGAUGUUUAAAGGUAGUGGCAUCAGCAUUUCUGGAUGUGUUGGAUGUGUGGUGUGAAAGAGAAGCAGGAUUAAAGGAUAGAUUGCAAUCAGUUAGGAUAGGAUAGGUGCAGUUAGCAGGGGCAGUUCAGUGUUGUAUUUGAAAGCUACUUUAUGUAUUUAGGGUGAGUUGUUGAGUAUAGGAGUCUGGAGCAAGAGAAAAGUCUCACUUGGCAUACAUGAUUGACAGUUGAUAUUUAAAACUGCCACUGGAUGAACUCCAAUGCAGUGAGUGUAGACAAAGGGGAGAAAGGGGCCAAGGACUGAGCCUGGAUUAUACAUAUACUAAUUCAGCGAUAGGGGCUGGUGCUGUGGAGUAGUAAGCUAAGCCUCUGUCUGUAGCACCAGCAUAUGUCCUGGCUGCUCCUCUUCCAAUCCAGCUCUCUGCUGAUUGCCCAGGAAAGCAGUGAAGUAUGGCCCAAGUGCUUGGGCUCCUGCACCCACAUGGGAGACCCUGAGGAAACUCCUGGCUCCUGGCUUUGGCCUGGUCCAGCCCUGGCUGUUGUGGCCAUUUGGGGAGUGAACCAGGCGUAUGGAAUACCUUUUUGUCUUUCCUUCUCUCUGCCCAUUACACUACCUCUCACAUGUUGCUGUUGAUUUCUCAACAAUGUUGCAGUGGAUUAGUUUCUGAGAGGAACAGUGUGGUGGGGGCAAGAGGCGCGGAGUCACCACACAGACCCUGGGGAGUCGGGUGAAAGCAGGCUUGAGGCGAGCAGCCGGCAGACUCAUUUAUUUCAGUUGAAACUACAUUUUAUAUAGCCAAGACCAGCCAAUCUGGUCAAGGGGCAGUCUAUGCCCCAACCAAUCACAGCCUAUUGCCAGGCAGUUUAAAAAGCCAUCCAAUCACAGCCUGCUGCCAGGCAGUUUCAAAUCCAUCCAAUCACAGCUGGUUGCCAGGCAGGCUCCAUUGCCAGGUGGGUUUCAAAGCCAUUCCUGAGUAACUGACGCUCGCUUGCCAGUGGCCACUUUGGCAUGGCCUUCUCAUUCCACCACACUCACAUAAAUAAAUAAAAUCUUUAAAAAAGAAAAGAAUUCAGUGGUAUUAAGGAACAGCAAUCUGAGCUAAUUAUGGCUCUUCAGCAGUUUCUGAGUUCCAAGAAACCAUUAAUGUUCAUUUCAGUAAGAAAACCAUCGGGAACAAAAGGAUCAGUCAGUCUUGUGUGGGAGAUGUUAAUCUCUGUGGCUCUGGGCCAGGUGUUAUCCCUUCUUAUUUGUGGAAUUGGCUUGACCAGCAAGUACCUAGCAGAAGAUUUCCAUGCCAACACACCAGUCUUCCAGAGUUUCCUCAAUUACAUCCUUCUUUUCUUGGUGUAUACUACCACACUGGCUGUCAGACAAGGAGAAGAAAACCUCCUGGCAAUUUUGCGACGAAGAUGGUGGAAGUAUAUGAUCCUGGGACUCAUAGACCUAGAAGCAAAUUACCUGGUGGUCAAGGCUUAUCAGUACACAACUCUGACCAGCAUCCAGCUCCUGGACUGUUUCGUGAUCCCGGUAGUGAUUUUGCUGUCCUGGUUCUUCCUGCUGAUCCGGUACAAGGCUGUGCAUUUCAUCGGCAUUGUUGUCUGCAUCUUGGGCAUGGGCUGCAUGGUGGGAGCAGAUGUGCUUGUGGGAAGGCAUCAGGGAGCAGGGGAAAAUAAGCUGGUAGGGGACCUUCUGGUCUUAGGAGGCGCCACACUCUAUGGUAUCUCUAAUGUCUGGGAAGAGUACAUCAUCCGAACCCUGAGCCGAGUGGAAUUCCUGGGGAUGAUUGGUCUCUUUGGUGCAUUUUUCAGUGGAAUUCAAUUAGCUAUCAUGGAGCACAAGGAGCUGCUAAAGGUGCCCUGGGAUUGGCAAAUAGGACUGCUCUAUGUUGGCUUUAGUGCCUGCAUGUUUGGUCUCUACAGCUUUAUGCCAGUCGUCAUAAAGAAAACCAGUGCCACUUCGGUCAACCUCUCCCUGCUCACAGCAGAUCUGUACAGCCUGUUCUGUGGAUUGUUUCUCUUCCACUACAAGUUUUCAGGACUUUAUCUCCUGUCCUUCUUCACCAUCCUCAUCGGGCUGGUGCUCUACUCCUCCACCUCCACGUACAUAGCCCAGGACCCCCGAGUGUAUAAGCAGUUUCGCAAUCCUUCUGGACCUGUUGUGGACUUACCAACCACAGCUCAGGUGGAGCCUUCCGUCACCUACACCAGCCUGGGCCAGGAAACCGAAGAGGAGCCCCAUGUCCGUGUGGCCUAGGAUGAGGCCCACCCUGCCCACUGAGGACAACUCAGUGGCCAUGUGUCUGCCCAUCAUCUCGUCUUGUACACAGAGAAAGGUAUUUACGAGGUGCACUUUACACAGGUGGACUGCAAGGUAGCCAAUCCUCUGAGAGCUUGUAAAGGGAACAAGCCAAACACCACAGGAGACAUAGGCUCCACUCCGCCUGAUUUGGAGAGAUGCCUAGGUAGUGUGUAUCCUGUUCACAACUCCCCCUGCAUUAAUUACUGUGAAAAUUUUUGAAUAAAAGCAACUACCGUUGUUAUUAUUAUUAUUUGUAUUAUUAUUGUUACUGAUAUCACACAGACUUUCAGGAGGCUAUUUCGUCCUCCUGAUGAGACUUAUUGCCAGACCUACGUGUAGUCAGCAUCAAUCCCACUUUUCUAUGGCAAGUCACUUUUUAAGAAUCACACUUUAUUUUUUUUUUGCACAGACUGUAUGAGUGAUGCAUGCCACAGGAGCUCCACCCCCUGAGAAGUUUCCUUAUCCUAGGGACCUGGUGGCUAAUGGUUUCCUCUGCUACCUGUUGGAUUGCCUGCUCGCUAAAUAUUUUGUGCUGUGACCCUUGUGGGGAGGGGCAACUGACCAUAUAAUUCUCUAUUCUAGGAAUAGAUUUAACACAAACAUUUUAGCCUUUUUAUAUUUCAAUCUCUGGUGACUCCAGGCCAUUGCCUUUCUGUUGUGCCACGUGAUUCCGCUAAUAAAGUCCCCAUAAUAACAAGAUAAGGACUGUUCCAUUUCUGUGGCUUAUGGGAAACCUCAGAAAUAAUACAAUUUGUGCUUAGGGAUAUAUAUCUUUUAAGUCUUUCUGCCCCUCUCUAUAUCCUCUCUUCCAAGACUACUUUUUGGUUUUACUUUUUUCUUCCUUAGAUGUCCUUGAUGAUAAUAUGGAAAUUAACCAAGGCAUUGGAAAAAGGCAGGAUCCCCUAACUUGUUAAUUGAGUGACACCAUUUUUAAAAUACACCAGCACAGAAAUUCCCCUCAUCAUGAAGUAUCAUUGGUUCUGCGCCUCCUAGCAAAGUCAAGGUGCUGAUGUGGAGCAGUCUCUGAAAUAUGCUCACUUGCUCUGGCCACUUUGUAAAGAUGUCACCGAUGAAAAAGUCUGAGUCUGGCAUUUUUGUCUUAUUUGGCAUCCAUUCAAUAGCAGAAUUUAUUGACACACAUUCUUAAGGAUAGAUUCAAAGAUAUUGCAGAAUCCUGUAAGACUUUGAGUGAAGUGUCGCUGGGAAAAUCCAUUGCCCUUGAAGAAGCCUUUUCUUCAAACACAGGAAAUUAAGAAACACCCCAGACCUCUAAGGUUUAGAGCAGAUUCUGUGUGUCAGUAUGGGAAAUACUUUUUAACUUUGGUUAACUUCAAUAUCAUUCAAAAAGAUCCUUGUUGGAGUUGCAGUGUUUAUAAAGGAAAAAUAGAUAAAUAUGAGGGUUUGGAUGAGUAAAAUCAAUAUUCUUAAUCCAGCAAGCAAAGCACCAAUGAGAUCUCUGUGAGGUAGGACAGACUGCAGGGCAGACCUUGGGUGAUGCCUGCGCAUGAUGGGAACAUACAACCCCCGCUGUCCAUCAGCACCCGUGUGGCCUUUUGCCUGCCUUCCAUAUAGAGUAGGUAGUCUCGCCUUUGAAAAUGGGGAAGAAAAAUCUUCUAUGAUUUGUAGAUUUCAUGGCCCUGUCAAUCCAGCCCUCUUCGAAACAUGUUUCCUUUUCUGUGAGGGGGAAAAAAAAGAUUAAUGUCAAAGCUGGAUCAAAUCAAAACAAGUCAGCCAACAUCUGCUCUCUGCUACCUUUUAAACCAAUUAAAUACCUUUCUCUGAAUAUUUUGUCCAUUCAAAUCUGAAGACCUUUAAAGACUGUGGUUUUAUUUUUGUGUUUACAUUCUUUUGGUUUGCAUAAUUUGCUUGACUUAUUGCGUUUUUAGUAUUUAUUUUAAGCCAAAUGUUUUUGUCUUUUUGAUUCAUUUUUAUGACACGAAUUUGUAGGCAGUUAGUAAAAAGUCUUAUGAGAAUCAAGUGGAUGACAUUAAUUCUAAAUCCACUCGCUGGACUGGUAAUUUUUUUAAGAAAAAAUUUAAAUUCCCAAAAGGUUUGCAAUCAACAGAUGUCCAAGGUUGACAUCUGAAUUAUUUCAUAGAAUAUUUUAAUUGACUCCAUUGUAUGGAAACCAAACAUGAAUGUUAAGAGGAAUUCACUGUAUAGCCCUGUCAUCCAGUGUUCUUGUAUUCAGAUUUUCAUGUCACUAGGUUGCCUCACUGUGUUGGUGUGUUUCCAUAUCGAAAGUCUGACAACAUUGACUUGUCCAAGCCCAGAAAUUCUAGACUGACCCUCCAGGGGAAAAAAUAAUAAUAACUAAGAACAAAUUCUUUCUCUGUGUAAAAACAUUGAUCCCUUGGGAAUAGGAUGGGAAAUGGGAGUAGGACAUCAUUAACUCUAGUUGUUUUAGUUUCUGAGAUUUCAUAACCUCAGUAGACACCAGCAAAGACUUCAGCUUUUCAAUCUACCACCACUAUCUCUCCUCAACCAAUAAGACUUAGCAGUUUGUAGAGAAUUUGUCUGGAUCAGAGCAAACCACAGCUCUCCUAAACCCUGCUACAAAUCAGUGGCAGUUCUUACUUCCUCAAUGAAACUGGCACUGGGGACAGAACUUGCCUUGGUCAUACCUUCCCACAGCUCCCAACUCUGAAAUACACAGCCAGGUAGACCAAGCAAUGGAAAGAUCUGCAGCACUGUGUCUCAUGAAUGUGUUUCAAUGUUUAGUUUAGAUAAUGCUUACUUGUGCUAUUAACCUUUUGACAGGCGUGUAGUAUUGUUUGUUUUGGGUUUGUUUUUGCCUUUUAACCAUUUAGUAGUCCCCAGCUAGCUACCAGUGCAGAUUUUACCCCAUGGGUAGGAUUCUAUUGUUAAGCCACAUAACAAAGCACACUAAUACUGACACUGCAAAUGGAAAAUACGAACCAAAAACGAAAUUGACACCGAUAAGUUGAACAAACUGUCCAUUUUUGAUAUUUUGCAUGCUCCCCCAUGGACUGGCUGUGGCAAUGUAAUGCCUGUAUAAUGUUUUCAAAUAAAAAUAAAUGCUUUAUGAA